GUUUGGCGCUGUCGUACGUAGCAACAGCGCUGAUCGACUUCCGGUUCUGGCGCUGGGCGCAGCGAUAGUCGAGAUCGGUGCAUUACGUGAUUAGGAACACGCGUUGAGGUUUGUUCAGCGUCAUAACCGCUCCAAAUGUUGUUCUCGGCUUUAGUCUUCCUCCUCGGCGUCAUGUCCGCUGGGUCAUUAGCGCCGCUGCCGAACAUCGCUAUCUUUAUCGAGGGGAAAGAUGAACCCUACACUGCCGCGGACGGGUACACCAAACUUGCUGCGCAUCUCGCCCAGCAUCACAAUUUGCAAGUUCGCCGUUCUUAUCUGGAUAAUCUCGAUCCGGACGAUCUGGAGCAGACCGUCCUGGUGCUUGUUGCGGGCCCACGGCGUCCUUUCACCGCUUCUGAGUUUCAGUGCUUGAAGACCUUUAUUACGUUAGGUAUCAACGUUCUAUUCUUGGCUGGCGAAGGUGGUCAGCACGAUCUGAAGACCAACCUUAAUUCCUUGCUGUCAGAUUACGGUGUGACCUUUGCACGGGACUCCGUGGUCCGCAGCUCACCACGCCAGUAUCUCCAUCCCAAAGAAGCAUUAAUCCACGACGGAGUUAUUGAGAGUUCGCCGCUGUGUGCGAAGGAUCUGCAAUUUGUAUAUCCGUUUGGAUGCAGCUUGGAGAUUGGGAAGCCUGCGAUCCCGGUUUUGACAUCAGGGAAAUGCUGUUUUCCUCCCGAUCGAGGAUUGUGCGCGCUGUCCCAGUUGGGGGAAUCGCACGGAAAGGUCGCGUGCUUUGGAUCGCUGUACGCCUUCCACGAUCAGUACAUCGAGAAAGAAGAGAACGCGCAACUUUUGAAUUCUCUGUUAAAUACAAUUCUCACCACGAAUGAGGUGUUCCACGAAAAAAUCUCAACCUUCCCUGAUUUUGAAGACAUUCCCGCCAGACCACAACGGCAGUUUGUUAUUCCCAAGGCGGUGCGAGCCGAACCGUUGUUCGAUGAAGCUUUUGAACUCCCGGAGAAAACGAUUCGCCAGCUUAUGGAAGACCAGGUGGAAAAUGAAUUUGGGAAGAAUUUCCGAUUGGAAGCCGCGUUGAUCGAAGCGGGCCAACGGCUGGGGAUAUCUUGGGAUGUGAACAGUGUGCGAAUGCCCCCGAAAAUUAAAGGUUACCUGCCCAAGAUGGUGUACCCGACGAUGCCACCGGAGGUGCGGUUAGCGGGAGCACCCACUCUUGAACUGUUUGAUUUAGACCAAGAGCUAUUCGGCGAUAAGGCCACACUGGAGAAACUCUUCAAAGAUGGUGGCAGUCGUGAGGAAAUUGUACAGAAAGCUGGAAAACUAUUUGGACUGGGUCAGGAAGGAGUGCGGCCUAAUAGCAAAGACAUUCUUCGCCGCAUAGUGGAUACCGUCCUUCGAGGACGCACAAGCCCGGGAAGAGACGAUCUCCAUUUCAAUCCGAAGCCUUGCUCACAAAACCGACCGCGAAGCUCUUUAAGCAGCUGUAGCGCCAGGGGCGACAUACGGCGCGAAACCACUCCCCCCAUCAGCUUGGAAAGAAUUGUGACGCUUAUGGCACCCAGUCAUAGCGAAAAUCUACCACUAACUGAUGAACAGAUUCUGCAUGACUGUUUAGCGAGACGACGCUGCGGAUCACCAAAUAAACCAAAAAACAUAUUCUUGUAAACCAAAUUGCUCGAUUCGUACUACGGAAUAAUCGCCGAGACUUUAGCCAUCGACGGCCCACUGUAAACGCAUCUUGUUGCUCAAAAGUCAAAACCACAAUGAACUUAAAAAGUAUAGCGGUUUGAGAAAGUAAACAGAAGUAAAAAAGGAACGAACGAA